AUGAACACCACGGCAAACAACACCAUGAACAAGAGACCACGGAAACCACAUUUUCCCCCCCAGGAGCUGUCUGCAUUGGUGGCUGAGGUCUUUGACCACAGGGUCAUUCUAUUCUCACCGUUUAAGACCUCAGUCACCAAUGCGGACAAAAAAAUAGCGUGGGUGGAGGUGACGCGGAGGGUCAAUGCGGUGGGCCAGGGCAUCACCAGAACAGCGGACGAGGUCCGCAUCAAGUGGAGGGACUAUUCCACCGUAGUGAAAAAGAAGGCUGCCGCUCUCAGGAGAGAGAUGGCGAAAACUGGUAGUGGCAGCAGCAGUCUGCCUCCUCUCUCUCCUGAGGAGGAGAAGGUGCUUGCGGUGUUGGGUCUCGAGGCAGCUGAAGGCACUCAGGGGGGGCUAGAUAUGUAUCAAUUAAACAGCCAGCCACCCCCCAGUCGCCUGCUGGGCUCAACAUCUGCUUCACCAGACCCAGCAGCCCAACCGUCACCUACAACCCCUCAUCCUCCCGAGGCCGCUUCACCCUUCCACAGCAACACAGUGCCUGACCCUGCUCCCAACUAUGCACACCCCAGGGCUGCCUCCUCCCUUGCCUCCUCACCUCCCUCUCGCCUCAGGAGCCUCCAAGCAGGGUGCAGGGACCCUUGUGGGUGCAGUGCUGAGCUCCUGGGGUAUGAGAGGGAGAAGAUCGUGGUGGGGAGAGCCAUCAGGGAGGAGCUGGUAGCCCUGGGGGACAUAGCAAAGGACAUGAUGGCCCAAGCGGAGAGACACCAUCAGGAAUCCCUUGCGGCCAUCAGGGAGCAGGGUCAGAGACACCACAACCAGUUCAUGGACCUCCUCACCAUAAUCCAGCAGCAAGUCACAAGACCUUCUUUCACACUUAACCUACCACAAGAUCACCAGGACACGCCAUCCCCACAUCCUUCACAACCUCCACCCCCCCAAGACCCCCACGCUUAAAUAAAUAUCA